CGGAAGAAGAAAGCUAGUACGUGAGCCACGCGCGUUCCUUUCGAACAACACUUUUUUCACACAUUCACAUCCUUUCUCUCUCAAUCUUUCUCUCUCUCCCUCUCUCUCCCUCUCCCUCCUUCUCUUAUUUUUCUUUUCUUUUAUAAUAACAAUCCCUUCAUUCUUCCUCUAGUUUUUCUCUUCAACUUUCCUUUUUUCUUUUUUCUUUUUUCUUUAUCUCUCUUCACUUGUUCAUUACGGUUUUUAACUAUUACAUCAGCAUCUCAACUGCAUUCAUAGUCGAAUCUGAUCUUUUUUUUAUUUUUUUAUUUAUUUUUUUUUUGAUCAAAUACAUCACAUUUUUUCAUUACUAAUCUCAUUGAUUAUUUCUUAACCAAGCCGAAUAUACAAUCAUGUCGGCAACCAGCCCAACAAAAGCAGCGGCCAGCGCAGAAGAAGCGCCGAUCAGCAAGAGCAAAUAUGCUGAGGAAUCUGAACAAGCAGAUAGAGCUGAGUCCGAGUCAGAAGCAGAUGCUGUAUAUGAUGAGGAUGAUAUCAUUGACCAUGUAACAUUUGAUCAGCUGUUGGAAAUGGAUGAUGAAGAGGAUCAUGAGUUCUCAAAGUCCUUGGUCUGGAACUAUUUUGAACAAGCAGAGAAAACCUUCGCUGAUAUGGAAGCUGCCAUGGAGAAGCUUGAUUUCCCAGAUUUGUCGAGACUUGGUCAUUUUUUGAAAGGUUCAUCAGCAGCAUUGGGUCUGAUCAAGGUCAAACAAUCAUGCGAGAAGUUGCAGCACUAUGGAAACCGCAAGGAUGCGACUGGAAAUAACUCUAUUACAAAUGAGGAAGCCGAGAAUUUAAUCCGAACAUUGUUGGUUGAGAUGCGGAGGGAAUAUGAUGAAGCUGAAAACUAUCUUCGAGUAUUUUAUGAGGAGUCAUAGAGGUAGUUGUAGUAGAAAUCGUAAUAGCUAGUCCGUUGUAGUUGAGGAACUAUGUAAGGACAACCCAUCCUCCCCUUUUCUCUACUGGGGCCAUAAUUUUUUUUUUUGUUUUUUUUUUAGAACCUCAUCGAGGAUCCGGGACAAUGGAUUCUUUUUUUCUCUCAAUAUCUUCCUUAUUCAUCC